AAAUUCUCGAACGUCUCGCAAUUUCAGUCCCCGUUUCGAUAGUGAGCACGUGAAGUGCGGCGCCCUGCAAUCAUCGACGAAAUUUCCUGAACGCCAACGAAAAGAACACCACAAACAGCUUGAAGAUGUUGUCCGCAGCGAGAAUGUUGAGCCGGCGUGCUCUUGACUGCGCCAAGUUGGGCCAAGAUGCGGCAGCGGCUCGCCGAUUCUCACAGUUGCUGCAGUCGGCACAAUGUGCUUCUGUAAGCAAUCCAAAGUACAACCAACUACGAUACAAGUCCGAAGGCGUAAAAGGCGCAGUUAUUGGCAUCGAUCUUGGCACAACCAACUCCUGCGUCGCGGUCAUGGAAGGCAAACAAGCUAAGGUUAUCGAGAAUGCUGAAGGUUCACGCACCACCCCCUCGGUGGUGGCUUUCACCAAGGAAGGCGAACGUCUUGUGGGCAUGCCAGCUAAGCGUCAAGCCGUCACCAACUCGUCUAACACCUUCUACGCGACAAAACGUCUGAUUGGCAGGCGUUUUGAUGACGCCGAGGUCAAAAAAGACAUGAACAAUGUUUCGUAUAAAAUCGUCCGCGCCUCGAAUGGUGAUGCCUGGGUGCAAGGCUCCGACGGUAAGAUGUACUCGCCAAGUCAGAUUGGAGCAUUCACGCUGAUCAAAAUGAAGGAGACUGCCGAGCAGUACCUGAACGUAAAGGUGAAGAACGCCGUUGUGACUGUCCCAGCCUACUUCAACGACUCGCAGCGCCAAGCUACGAAAGAUGCCGGGCAAAUUUCUGGUUUAAAUGUGCUGCGGGUGAUUAACGAACCCACUGCGGCUGCUCUUGCUUAUGGUAUGGAUAAAACUGAAGAUAAAAUCAUUGCUGUAUAUGAUUUGGGCGGUGGUACCUUCGAUAUUUCCAUCUUGGAGAUCCAAAAAGGUGUCUUUGAGGUGAAAUCCACCAACGGUGACACUUUCCUCGGCGGUGAGGACUUUGACAAUCUGCUUGUCAAUCAUCUGGUGCAGGAAUUCAAGAAAGAGCAAGGUUUGGACGUCACCAAGGACCCCAUGGCGAUGCAACGUCUGAAGGAAGCCGCUGAGAAGGCCAAGAUUGAAUUGUCUUCCUCUCUACAAACCGAUAUCAACCUCCCCUACUUGACCAUGGAUGCAUCUGGGCCUAAACACAUGAAUCUGAAGCUCACCCGCGCGAAAUUCGAACAAUUGGUAGGUGAUCUCAUCAAGCGCACUGUCCAGCCAUGCCAGAAGGCGUUGAAGGACGCUGAGGUGUCAAAAUCCGACGUUGGAGAGGUUUUGCUGGUUGGUGGUAUGAGUCGCAUGCCUAAGGUACAAGCCACCGUACAGGAAGUGUUCGGCAAACAGCCAUCGCGAGCUGUAAACCCAGACGAAGCUGUUGCCGUCGGCGCAGCCGUCCAGGGCGGUGUCUUGGCCGGUGAUGUUACAGAUGUACUCUUGUUGGACGUCACCCCAUUGUCGCUGGGUAUCGAAACACUCGGCGGUGUCUUCACUAGACUCAUCGGUAGGAAUACCACGAUUCCAACCAAGAAGAGUCAGGUAUUCUCGACGGCUGCUGAUGGCCAGACGCAGGUGGAGAUUAAGGUGCAUCAGGGUGAGCGUGAGAUGGCGACGGAUAACAAGCAGCUGGGGCAGUUCACACUGGUUGGUAUCCCGCCUGCGCCGAGGGGUGUACCACAAAUUGAGGUCACUUUUGAUAUCGAUGCGAAUGGUAUUGUGCAUGUUUCUGCUAGGGAUAAGGGCACAGGAAAGGAACAACAAAUUGUUAUCCAGUCUUCUGGUGGUCUGAGCAAGGACGAAAUUGAGAAUAUGGUUAAGAAUGCCGAGCAAUACGCACAGGCUGAUAAGGUAAAGAAGGAUCGUGUUGAGGCUGUCAAUCAGGCGGAAGGUAUCGUCCACGAUACUGAAACCAAAAUGGAAGAGUACAAGGAUCAGCUGCCCAAGGACGAAUGCGAGAAACUCAAGGAGGAAAUCGGUAAAGUACGCGAAAUGCUCGCCAAGAAGGACGAGAUGGACCCGGAGGAAAUCCGCAAAACCACCAGCACACUCCAACAGUCUUCUUUGAAACUCUUCGAGAUGGCAUACAAAAAAAUGGCUGCUGAACGUGAGGGAAGCAAUCAAGCCAACCAACAGCAAGACGCCGCCUCCAGUGACAAACAGGAGAAGAAAGAAGAGAAGAAUUAAACUUGAUCACCAUUCGAAAACCUAAAAUUCGUAAAAUUCUCCGCUACGAAAAACGCAACCAAAAAACAAUUCGAUGAAAAUCAUCCUCACCCAUCACUGCGCGCGCAUACCAUUUAUUCUCAUGACGUGCUAGGGUGUUGGAUGAGCGCGCCGCCGCCCCUCCGUUUGAAUUACCUGUGGAGCGGCGGCGCGCGCGACAUUCUUGUGUUUGUCCCUUUUUUUACUUAUGUACAUACUUGAUCAUCUCGAUACUUAUCAUCGCACGCGGACAAUUAUAUAUUUCCAUUUUCUGAUGAAGGAGAGAAAAACAAGCAUCGCGUUUGUUUUCAUUGUGUGAUGCUGUAGAUAAUAAUGACUAAAUGGAAAUACUGUGCGGUGAUAUAGCAGUUAGAAACAAAUCCUGAUUCCGGUACGAAUGCAAUGCAAAUUGAAAUUGAAUGAAUGCUCGAAAUGUGUGCAUGAAACAUGAAAAGUCGAAGAGGAAGAAAGAAGUAGGUAGUCAAACGAAUACAUUAUUUGAUGGUUAUUAUAUAAUAUAAUGUAUGUUUUUAUGCGAGGAGCGAUGCAGAACGUGGAAAAUAUUAAAUAUUUUGUUUCGUA